AUGCAUCGAACUAGUGCCCUCAGAUCAUCUGCUGCACCCGCAGCAAGUGGAUCCAGCAGUGGUGGAUCAGGGAUGCCUCCAAGGCAUUCAUUGAAGAGCUUGUUGGUGUUAUUGGGAGUUAACCCAAUAGUUUUUAAGGUGGAAGAGGAGGAGAAAAGCUCUGUGUUGAUGAAGCUAUCAAAGAUGAAUGAAGGUUUCAACAGUAGUACUGGAGGACCGUGGGAUUUACCAGCAGUGUAUAAAGGAGGAAAGUACUUAAGAGGUUUUGAUAAAGUGAUGGAGAGUCAUGUAAAGGGUGAAUUAGUUCCCAUGCUUAAGAAAGCUGGAGCUUUAUGGCUUUGA